UGUUCUGUUCCUCCCUCAGAUGUGGUGUCAUGGUCCGUGGCCCUGACAGACACAGCAGUGUUGAAGUGUUUAGUUGUAGAUUUGUUGCUGUUGGUGCUGUUCAGUGUGCAGCACAGCCUACUGGCCUGGACGCCUGUUAAACAUGUGUGUCAGUCUGUACUGGGAGUGUUAAACAGAGCCAUGUACUGCUUCACUACUGCACUCGCACUGCAGCUGUUGAUGCGGUACUGGCAGCCUGUGACCAGCGCCCCCUGUCUGUGGUCAGUGCGCAAUGCACCCUGGGAUAUCUGGUUUCCGCUCAUCUGUUUCACUGUACACUUCCUGUGCUGGGCUGUGAUCUGCAGCAUCCUGCUCAUAUUUGACUAUGCAGAGCUGCUCGGGCUCAAACAGGUGUAUUAUGAGUGUUUAGGUCUGGGGGACCCUCUCUCCUUGAAGUCGCCCCGUGCCCAGCGUCUUUAUGCCCACCUACGCCACCCUGUGUGUGUGGAGCUGCUGCUGGUGCUCUGGUUCUUGCCCACUCUGUCAGUGGACAGGUGUGUGUUGGCGACCUACUUGACGCUUUACCUGGCUUUGGCCCACUCUCUGGAUGCAGAGGACUGUAUGUACCUGAGUGCUCAGCUCCACAGAAAGAUGCAGAUCUUCUCCACAUCUGCAGGGGGCGACACACACAGUAACAACAACAACGAUGAUGAGCGCAAACUAGAUUAACCUCAUCCACCUCAGACCAAGUACUGCAGUUAACACACUUUCACUGACUUUUGAGCGUUGAGAUUUAACCAAGUCGAUAUAAAGGUGUGUUAACAUCAGUAUUGGAACACAGCACCUGGUUUUCUGCUCACUCGUGUUCAAUACAGUAAAAAUUAAUAGAAAGGUCGACAGAUGGAUAGAUAGAAGAACUCAGCUGGUUUUACUUUUAUUAGUCUUUUGGUAUUUUUUUAUAUAAAUAGUAUUUUGCGGUACGACAUUAUACACAAAGAUCAUCAGGUCUCCACAACCCCAGUGUUUCCAUCCUGUUCCUUUAUUCUCCCAGAGCCUCGUUCUUCAUUCUCUUAUCAUAUAAACCAGAUUUACUAAUAACUCAACAAAGCCUUAUUCAGAUCUUUAAACACACCUGAGUUUAUCAGGACUGUGUUAUCUGAGGUAACCUGUGUGUACAGAGAAGUGUAGUGAGGUGUGUGUGGUUUGGUGUAACACGUCACUCAUCGUUCCAGCUCAAGAUUUAUCUACUUUAUUUAUGUUUAUUUAGCAAUUUCAUUUCACAAUUUAAUGAGUGUGUGAAUAUGUUUAGGUUUAUUUUGCAUGUAGUCCAAGAAGCCAGAGUUCAACCUCUAUUUUAAAAAUAAACCCAUAAAACUAAUAUUUCACUUAUAUAAUUAUCCACAUGCUAAACCACUGCAGCUGAAAACAUCUGAACAGAAUCAUGAACUCCACCUCAGUAGCUUCUGGUUCCAAUCAUGUGAACUUUAUUCUUUAGAUAGAAGCAAGUUUUAAACAAAACUUUAAUCGUUGUUGAUGCAGAAUGAAAUUUUUAUAUUUAGGCAGGUGGCUGUAGGCAGCUUCUUAAUCAGGUUUAUACAAACUUAAUAAAAGCUGCACUCGAGUUUAUGUUCUCUACAUAACAGGUCUGACAAUAGUCCAGUCCAGAACUCAGUACUCCUGAUAUCUCUGUAAUCUGGUGAAUUUACUAUCUCAGCUAACUUAGCGGUUAUCAGUUAUCUCAGUAAUCUAAUUUACUCAACUAUUCUAUGUAUGAAGAACGAGGCCCUGUUCAGUUAAUGUCAGUAUAUUUGAUGUUUUAACACUUCUGAUUCAGGUUAUUCUGCAUAGUGUGUGUGUGUGUGUUACAGUGUGUGUAACGACAGUAUUGACAAACCUCAGUGUGCGAUUUCAGUGGCUCUAUUAUUGUGUACUGUUUUUUUUAAUGUCACUUUUAAUCAGGACAACUUCCCAUAUCGUUCUCUGCUUCCUCAGAGCAAAGUGCAGCCUGAGACUCUAACAACAGUUAAACAGGAAGAGAUUAAAGUCGAACUGAUUGAUUUAUCAUUUAGUCUCUAAACCACGCUGAUAAAAAUUUUAGAUAAACCAAAAAGUGCAACAAAGUUAAUGAGUAGAAAAGCACACAAGAGGAAGUGAGUGAGUCGGAAUGAAGAUGCUGCUGAGGAGAUGGAGAUGGAGAUGGAGAUGAUGAUGAUGAUGAUGAUGAUGAGUUUUUCUGGAUGGUACAAACACUAAAGUCUAAAAUCUCAGGAAGAAGAUCAACAAUUAAGUCAAAAACUGAAGAAUAAAUGUCCCCUUGCAGCAUGUCUCCUGGCAGACGUCUUAAUACAGUGAUAUAGAAAAGUCUCUAUUGAUGAAAACAUCACCACUGGUUCAGUAGGACACACACGUCAGAUACCAUCAGUAUAAAACUCUGAUCACUGAACAAACACUCAGGACCUUCAGUGUCCCCCCAUAUGGAAAAAGCACAACACUUGAGUAAAUCUCAUGACUUCAUAAAGACCAUGACAGAUUACUUACAGAUCUUUACAUAGAUUUUUUUUAUUUUUUACACCCGGUCACUUCAUGUGUUGUCUCUGAUCCGAUAUCUAUCUGAUUUGUUAACACUGUACCAUUUACAUUAGACCACAUAAAUGUGUCUCGGUGAAUCGGAUAUCGAUCCGAUCUUUUUACUCCCGCCCAAAAUGCUAAUAUAUUUUACCUCAUUUCCGGGGUAAUUGAACUGGAACACACUUUGGUGUGUGUGGUUUUCAGAACGCAAUCAAAAAGAAGACGUAAAAACUUACGACGGUUUUGUUACAAAAAACAGCGUUUACAUUUAUUUGUUUCUGGUGUGAUGCACAACUCGUGAGUCACCUGCGAGUGACGUACUUCUGUUUGGGAGGAGUUUAGCGCUGACGUAUGUGGCUUGAACAACCACAUUCAUUUACACCUGUCCAGUUUCAUCUGAAACACGUCCCAGACCACCUCCUGAAGGGGUUUGUACCAUCAGAUUUAUAUCCGUCUCCAAAAUGUUUCAGAGGGCAUUUAGACCUGGUCUUUUUACCAUCGGAUAGAUAUCACAGAAAACGUGUGAAGUGACCAGGUGUAAAAAGGCCCUUAGUGUGAACGUGUUUACUGAUUUACAGAUUUUUGGAAUAACUGCUGGUUGUGUUGCUUUUUUCUGCAAGACAAUGUUUUUAAUCAUGAUGUAAAAGUUAAUUAAUUAUUAAAUAAAUAAAUAAAUAAAUAAAGGAAGGUGUUGAAUCAGUG